GCAGUUGAGGGAAAGGAUGCAGAUAUUUGGGAGAUAGAGGGAGGGCAAGAGCGAGAGACUUGCUUUUCCUGUCGAGGUCUCAUGUCACAGCUCUGCCCCCGAGGGCCCGACCUCUGCCUUGCUGACUGCCAACCAACCUGGAGAAGCUCAGCUCACACGGUAGAGGAUGAAAGCUCAUUUUGGAAAAUAUUCACCCUGCAAACUUCUAUCAAGAAGGACGAAUGGAUUAAUUAUUUUUACUAACAGGCAACAAGAGAACAUCUAUGUUUGGUGAUUAUUAUUCAUUUUUUUGGCAGGAGUAAGACACAGGGAAGAGGAAAGGGGAGGAGUGGCGCGCAACACAGAGAGGAGCACAGACGCAGGCAAACAGGAGAAGGAAAGGAGCCAAGCGAUGCUGGCUGCACGGAAACGUAAGUAGAUGAGUACGAGAACUCCGAUGAGGACUGAAGAAGAUUCCAAUAAGAUCAACUCCCUGUGAAGUGAUGAGUACACAGACCACAGAGAGCACCAGCGCAGAUGUGAUGGUGGUCUCCAAGGAGAUGGCAUUGCUUAGCAACAUACUGGCAGCUUACACCUUCAUCACAGACCAACCGGAGAGGACAGCUCUGGUGUUUCUGGGUGGAGUGUCUGUCGGUCUCCUUGUCACGCUCUGUGCCGUGGUCUUCCAGAUACAUUGUCGCGCCGACUGUCACUAUGGCAACAGUAAACACCCUCGCCAUCGACAUCACCAUCAUCAUCAUCGCCACAAGCGUCACCAUCACGUCUGUCAGCACCACCAGCAGCACGUCGACGCCAACCCGGACAAUAUGGCUGUUGUCCCCUCAGAGGUCACCGGGCCGGCCGGGGACAGCGAAUCCGAGGACUGGGAUGAAACGACUGACAUGUCGUCACGGAGACGCAGACGCUUUGAGAGGGCCUUGCUGCAUGCCGGCAUGUUUACAUCAGCUGAGGAACUGGACCAGGCCCAGCGGCUAGAGGAGCGAGAAAGGAUCCUGAGAGAAAUCUGGAUGAACGGACAGCCAGACAUCAGCACAGUCACUCAGAGCCUAAACAGAUAUUACUGACAAAACACACUGAACGAUGAAUGAAAGGUAGGCAAGAGAAAUUCAAAGAAAGACACACAAAACAAUGGAGGACUCAUGAACGUGUGGCCCCAAAUGGACAAAGUGACCGUCAUGAUCUGUCCACACAUUUGCUCACUAACAUACAUUUUGUGUUUCAAACACAAUUUAAAUGGUGCUUUUGUAUAUAUAUGAGGGAUGUGAAUGUGUUAGUUUAUGGAAUACACAUGUUCCUUAUUCCACCUUUUGUAUGCAUUGAAAGUUGAUAAAGGGAACAAUGGGCAUGAUGGUUUGAUUCCGGUGCUUUUACUGUUAUAUGUGUUGCAUUCCUUAAAUAAAGUGAAUGCAUACAUGAAGAAA